GCGGGCAUUGCGGGCAUGGCAUCUGCGGUAUUUGAGGGCACGUCGCUAGUGAACAUGUUCGUGCGGGGCUGCUGGGUGAAUGGCAUCCGGAGACUGAUCAUCAACCGCCGGGGCGACGAGGAGGAAUUCUUCGAGAUCCGCACUGAGUGGUCGGACCGUAACGUCCUGUAUUUGCAUCGAAGCUAUUCUGACCUGGGACGCCUUUUCCAACGGCUCCGGGACUCCUUUCCAGAAGACAAACCCGAGCUGUCACGGUCCCCGCUCCUGCAAGGGCUAAUUGCAAUAAAGGAUGCUCAUGAUAUAGAAGCCAGACUUAAUGAAGUGGAGAAACUCCUAAAAACUAUUAUUAGCAUGCCGUGCAAAUAUUCUAGGUCAGAAGUGGUGCUUACCUUCUUUGAAAGAUCCCCUUUAGAUCAAGUAUUAAAGAAUGAUAAUGUACAUAAAAUUCAACCAAGUUUUCAGAGUCCAGUCAAAAUAUCAGAAAUCAUGAGGUCUAAUGGAUUUUGUUUAGCAAAUACUGAGACGAUAGUUAUUGAUCACAGUAUACCAAAUGGAAAAGACAAUCACUUGGAUGUGGAUUCAACAGAACAUUUGUUUGAGAAUGGCAGUGAGUUUACCUCAGAGUUGGAGGACAGUGAAGACCCAGCAGCUUAUGUUACCAACCUGUCCUACUAUCACCUGGUCCCUUUUGAGACGGACAUUUUGGACUGACCUUCCAGUAGCCCAUUCACCAACCCUCUGGCCUUUUAUUACUGACUUAAGCUGCUGUUCCAUAGCCCUCAACACUUAGACCUGAAGGUGGUCAUCUAACCCCAGAUAUGAGAUGGGGCCUGCAAUGGCUCAGAUCAUCAGUGGAUCUCUACACACUUCCUAAGGUACAAGUUUUUGGAAGUCAGUGGAAACAGGGAAAGAGGACUCACAUUCAGAUGGAAUCUGAUAUCAGGGAAAGGUCUAUAGCAAAGUUUGCAGCAGCCGCCGAAGCCUCAGGACCACCUAUAUGACAGAGCAUCUCCAUGGACAUUCCUUUUCUUUUCAGUAAAACCAGACUGUUUCCUCAUUACCUGAGAAGCCCACACAUCACACCUGGUGCAUGGAUAAUCACCUAGUGCCUACGGAGGAGACAUACUGUGAGGACAGCAACUCCAUUUAGCUCUGACAGAUCUAUAUUAUUUCCUGAAGAGGAGUAUCCCACUUUCUCCUUAAAGUGACCUGAGCAUCCCCUUUCCCAUCCUGCUCUUUUCCACUCUCACACAUGGAUGUGAUUCACAUGUUAAGUUGAGAAGACACUUGGAAUGAUUGUGAACCAUUGCCAAGUUCUGGGGACAGGAAGGGAAAGUUGAGUCAACCAUCCAGGUCAUGAGUAGCUACAGGAUUUCCCUGGGAACCAGGAUAUGUGUUUGUUGUUUUCAGCUCACAUUUGGACGAGCAGGCUCUGCUAAAGCUUGCUCUCAUUGUUUUUACUGGAGGCUAAUAACCAAUACUGUCUGCAGUGCAAGGGGAGACCAUGGAGGAUCAGGCUUCUCCCUGGAUAAGCUCAGACUGAUUUAAUGAUAGGCUUUGGGAGAUCAGGCCAAAAGGAAAAGACUCUGUUCUGGGCUAACAGCUCUUCAAUGUAGGAGUAAUGAGUCUCUUUAUUACCACCCAGCAGUCAGAGGUUUGACCUCACUUGCUGUUUGUCAAGUAUUUAAUGAAAUAAUUACCAUGCUUAAUCUGAAAGGAUGGGCAACAGGAAGAAAGCUAUUUCUGAGUUGGUUACCUCUCCAGUGGUGGUUUCCUUAGCCUGGGAGUACCUCUGGGUACUUUGCCUUACAAUCUCCUGAUAAACUUUCCAUCGCUAAGUGUCUACUAACCACAAACAUUUGCUAAUGUAAAUAAUAGUAAAUUAUUGAGAAUCCUAAUUCUUUUACACAGUCUGUUUUAAAAUCUAUUUUAAUGAAAUAAAAAUAUUACUCUCUUUAAAUCUAUUUAAAA